AUGCUUUCAGCACCAGUGAACCUUCCAAAGUGGCUCGAGGAGAACUCCCACCUGCUGAAGCCGCCGGUAAACAACUACUGCGUCUACAAUGACGACUUCACUGUCAUGAUCGUCGGCGGCCCCAACGCCCGCACCGACUACCACGUCAACGAGACGCCCGAGUGGUUCUACCAAUACAAGGGCGCCAUGACGCUCAAAGUAGUCGACGGCUCCCAAUUCCGCGACAUCGUCAUCCGCGAGGGCGACAUGUUCCUGCUCCCCGCCAACACGCCGCACAACCCCGUGCGCUUCGCCGACACGGUCGGCGUCGUCCUCGAGCAGCGCCGGCCGGCCGACGCCGUCGACCGCAUGCGCUGGUACUGCCAGGAGGAAGGGUGCACUGACGAGGGUAAUGGUGGUGGUACGACCCUGGUGCAUGAGGCUGCCUUUCACUGCACGGAUCUCGGCACCCAGAUCAAGGCCGCUAUCGGGGAGUUCAUGGCUAGCGAGGAUAGCCGACGGUGUGGGCGCUGUGGCGUGUUGGCGAAUUCGGUGCCGAAGGCUGGGUCGAUUAGGGAUCCGAAUUUGGAGUAA